UACGGCAGCUCCUUUUCCUGACGAAGCUAGAUAAACAAACAAAAGCGAGAUAUUAUAUUACACUAAUUUAACUUUCUGUAAUAAUAUUUAUGGGUCUCUAUUUAUAUAUAUGUAUACAAAGAUAUUUUUGUUUAAGUGAAUUAUAUAAAGCUAAAGCAAAUAAGGGCUUAGCAUCCUAACUGCUAAGAUAGCCUGAAGGCUAUGUGGCUAACUGUGGUUAGCUCGACAUGUUAAAUCUAGUGGUGGGGUGAAGGAGCGCGACAUGAUGGCAUGAAACUGUCGCAGUGUUAGCGAGAAGCUACACUUUUAUAUACAGAUUGUGGGAAAGAGGUGAAACUUGGCGAAAGUUUUGACCAAAACUGCACUCCGAAAUAUCUUCUCAUCACCACCAUGGCGUGGGCUCUGAAGUUGCCUCUCACGGAUGAAGUGAUCGAGUCCGGUCUGGUCCAGGACUUUGAUGCCAGUCUGUCGGGUAUCGGACAGGAGCUUGGUGCUGGGGCUUACAGCAUGAGCGAUGUUCUCGCCCUCCCCAUCUUCAAGCAGGAGGAGUCCAACUUGCCUCCUGACUCUGACAACAAGAUCCUUCCCUUCCAGUAUGUUCUGUGUGCAGCUACCUCGCCAGCUGUUAAACUGCAUGAUGAAACACUCACCUACCUCAACCAAGGCCAGUCCUAUGAAAUAAGAAUGCUUGACAAUCGGAAAAUUGGGGAACUUCCAGAAAUCACUGGUAAAAUGGUGAAGAGCAUCAUCCGUGUGGUGUUUCAUGACCGACGGCUUCAGUACACAGAGCACCAGCAGCUGGAAGGCUGGCGCUGGAACAGGCCCGGUGAUCGUAUCCUCGACCUGGAUAUCCCCAUGUCCGUCGGCAUAAUCGACCCCAGGGCUAACCCUACUCAGCUUAACACUGUGGAGUUCCUUUGGGACCCGUCAAAAAGAACCUCAGUUUUUAUCCAGGUACACUGCAUCAGCACAGAGUUCACCAUGCGUAAGCACGGGGGAGAAAAAGGUGUGCCGUUCCGCAUCCAGAUCGACACGUUUAAACAGAACGAGAAUGAAGAGUACACAGAACACCUCCACUCUGCCUCCUGCCAGGUCAAAGUCUUCAAGCCUAAAGGUGCAGACAGAAAACAGAAGACGGACAGGGAGAAGAUGGAGAAAAGAGCACCACAGGAAAAGGAAAAGUACCAACCCUCCUAUGAAACCACAAUACUGACAGAGUGCUGCCCCUGGCCUGAGGUCACAUACGUCAACAACUCUCCGUCUCCUGGCUUCAACAGCACACACAACAGUUUCCCAGUCGCAGAGGGAAAUGGAUCACCGAACCACCAGCCUGAGCCUGUUGUUCAGGUAGUAGAUAAUUUGUUACCGACAGCAAGUCCACAGGAUGCACAACAGUGGCUGCUUAGAAACCGCUUCUCUCCCUUCUGUCGGCUCUUUACUAACUUUUCAGGGGCUGAUCUUUUGAAACUGACCAGAGAAGAUGUAAUUCAGAUCUGCGGUCCGGCUGAUGGUAUUCGACUCUUCAAUGCACUGAAGGGACGGGUGGUACGCCCGAGGCUGACCAUCUACGUCUGCCAGGAGUCCCAGCAGGCUCGAGAACAGCAAACGAAACAUGAAAACGGAGAUGCUGCUGCCAACACUUUCUUUGUUUAUCACGCCAUUUAUCUGGAGGAGCUCACAGCUGCUGAGCUGACAGAGAAAAUCGCUCAGCUCUUCAACAUCUCACCCAGACAGAUAAAUCAGAUCUUUAAACAAGGACCCACAGGCAUCCAUGUACUGGUCAGUGAUGAGAUGAUUCAGAACUUUCAGGAUGAAGUAUGUUUCGUAUUGGACACAAUGAAAGAUAACACGAAUGACGGCUACCACAUCAUCCUGAAGUGAACACUGGGCAGGAGAAAAGAUCUCUUCUUCACACCCGAUCCAGUCAGCCCCUCUAAAGCUUCUAGCUGUUCCUGGAAGAUGCGGAGUUGUCCCAGAAGUCCUCCUUGUGGCUACGAGGAGUGAAGCGUGACUGAAGCACACGGCCCUCUCCUCACUAAACCUUACUGUCUUACUUUAUAGGGAGUGACUGUUACCCUCGUGAAGUAACGUUCUCCUUCUCGCCCUGCCUCUGUCUCCCUUUAAAAGCUGCGUUCUCCUCUGUCGCUUAUGUCUCAUGGAAGAGGUUAGCGGCCCUGCAGCUGCUAUUGCUCUUUAUUUGUUAGCUGAGCAUCUGGUGUGCCAAGACUUUGUGCUUCAGGAACAGUUUGUUGUCUUUUAGCAACCAACAGCCCUAAAGGAAAAUAAAACAAAGCGACAAAAAGAGACAGACUGUGAUAGUACUCGACUCUCAGUCAGAAAUGCAGCAUGAUUUCUGAUCGUCUUGCCAAGUUUUAUUACAAGAAUCCACUCAUGACAGUCUUUCAAAAAUGUAGUAUAGCCAACGCAAUCAUGCAGUCGCACAAAAGAGCCACGAGAGGAAAGAAAAGCAGCAUCAUGACGGACUUAAAGGGAAAAUGUUGAAAUCCAGCUGUUCUUUGUAACGUGUGUGAUUCCUUUAAAAGCUAACGAUGUUAGCCUGUGGCUGGUUUGAUCUGUUACUUAAAAAAAGAAAAAAAAACUUUUUUUACAUGACUCCCAAACUCUGUUUGGUCGCUUUAGUUAGUGUAGGGAUGUAGACUGUGUUAAAGGAGUUGACAUGGCAUCUUGCGUUGUGCUUUUGGAGCCUCUGCUUUGACAUUUGGGCGUCACUUUUUUAACCAGAGGUGAAUAUGAAGACAAAAAGGAAUAAAAUAGUAUAAUUAUAUCCUUUUUCAGUUGACAUGGCCCUGCCCUAAGCAUGUCCUGCUUUAUAUGUGAUUCUACUUGUAUGUGUAACUAGGGAUGCACAGAUGCAUCGGUUUGCCUGUUGUACUCUGUUGACAAACAUCUGUAAUAAUGUGAGCAUGAAGCGUUGUCAGCAGAUGUUUAUUUUGUAGUAUUAGGGUCAAGCUGACAUUUUAGCCACGUUUCCAUCAUGUCCAGUUUGAGUAAGUACAGUUUGGUAUGGUUUGAUACUUAAAACUCCCAAAUAGUUUGUUUCCACAGACACUGGUACCCUCACUUUGUGGGUGGACUGUAGAGGGUAUGCAUGUGAUAUCGCAGUGGUCAAGAGCCUCCAACUGCUUAGUUUAAGAAAAUUUGUACUGGUGACAGAAAUCAGUAGGGCAUAAGCAGCAAACAUCUUUAUUUCAUCUGAAAACUGCUGUGUUUUAAUACAUCUUGAUGAUGUUAACAGCGGUCAGUACAGAUCCUCAGCUGAUGGAAUAUGUUUGUAGAAAUGUUUGGAGCCGUAACGGUACGUUAAUAAAGACAAGAGAUAAAGCUGGGCUAGUAAUAAAUAUAAUCUUAACUAAAAUCUAUUCUCCUUCAUCAUACCUUAAGGAAAAUGAAGACCUAAAAUUUCAGCACAUUAACCAUACGGUAAAUAAUAUCUACGGUGACAAGGCAUCUAAUGACAGUGGGUUAUCUUCUUUAGCUGUACAAAUAGUCCUGCGAUCUCUUGUUAACACAGCUGGUUUUGUAUGGAAAAAACUAAAAGAAUUGUCAGGUCCAUCAGUAUUUAUCACAGAUUAGAUAAGUAGCAUUUGUAAAUUAACGUGAACAUUGAAUUCUGACGAUAUUUCUGUGAACAUUUAAUAAAGUGAACGUAUCGGACACUUUAACAGUUCAUUCAACAUAAUCCUACAGUUGAGAGUUGUAUGAUGAGAAUUCGUCACACUAAAAAUAAACUCAAGGUUUAGCGAGUGUUUAAAAUCAGGGGUACGUUAUCAUUUAAAAUAGGCUAUUCUGAAGUUUUGCACAUAGAUUUAACAACCACAGAGCGUUCUUAGCGCAGGUAGUAAAAGUAAAUAAACUAAUUACUACAAUAUGGAGAAUCAACUGAGCUAAAGCUUCAUAUUAGCAAAACUUGAUCACUAAUUUAGUUUGACAUCCAUCACUGACAGUCUGCUUGCUGUACGUUUAUAUGUCCAUAUAAAUGUCUCGAAACCUGAUUUGUGACCAUAUAUUGAUGUCAAGAGUCUAGGAAACAGCAUGGAUCUCUAUUGAGUCCAAAUAUCCUAAUUUAAGGACGUAAAAGUCACCUGUUUUCACCCACUCCUUAUAAGGCAGACAGUUGUGUCUUGCAAUGUUGCUGCACUUGCAGUAUGUCUGAAAGUGACGUCAGUGAAAACCCUCUAUUCUGUAUGCAGCUCAACUUUUUUGGGAUGAAUAGGUAAGCUUUGCACCCCUAAUGAAGGAUGCCAAAAAAGUGGGACAGUACGCGUUAACCUUUCAAACUUUUGAUAAUGGAAAUGCUAAUAAAAGCAUACCAUGCUAUACCAAACUGAACUGGACCUCUCAGUGAAAACUGCCUGUUAGCACAUCUAACAGCUGAUUCAGAGACGUGAUGUAUCAUUGGGCAGAAAAUGGGACCUUUCGGGCAAACUGAUCUGUUUUUGUUGUCAAGCAUAAGAGAGAAUUUUUGCAUUUUCUUGGCUUUUUUAUUACCAAGAGAGGGUAGUAAACAGAACAUAAGUACUGUUAUCAGCCCUGACUUUUACAAUCGAUGCAUUUCUGCAUAUACCUAAAAUUUGCCAAAAGUGAUUGCAGGGCCUUUUAUUUACAAAAGCCCCUUGUGGACAUGCAUUCCAGUGUUUCCCCACACAGAGUAUACUCAGAUGGGUCACCCAUGUAUAUUUCUUCAACAUCUUCUUUUAAAACUCAUACAUUAUCCCCAUUGCAUGAGAGAGAAGCAAAGACAGUGCAUCCCUCCAGUAAAUGCAUGUUUAAGGAGCGGGCUUAUGCUAAAACUUCAGCGUCUAAUGCUGCAGUUUUAACGUUUAUUUCUGAUGCUGCUGAUAUUAACCUGUUAGUAAUGCACUCUAGCAUGAUAGUUACAGUAUGCUAACUCACCUAACCUUCACACAAGCAGCUCUUCUGCAUUGAUUACAGCUCAUCAAGUGAGGCAUUUCAAAAAGCGAGUGAUGUCUUUGAGCAUCUUUAUAAAAAGUGCUGCUGAUGUAUACCAUCAAAUGAGCAGCAGUACACAAAAUAAACGAACAGUGAGCAGAGAUGGAAUGACCCCUUCUCCCACCCUUAUCGAAGCAUAGUAUCAUUCUGUGGGAAAAGCUGCGUUCAUACAACUUAAUGUACUCUGUUUCCCCCUGAUAGCAAGAAAUUUUGGUUGUUUCCUCGAGAUCUUGACUUGUUUAUCUUGAGAUAACAGUGCUGGUUUUCUGUGAUACCAAGUUAAAGUUGUUUUCUUCAUGUGUCCACUUAUUUUUGUCAUUAUCUCAGGGUAACAAAGCUGUUUUUUCGCCAUUAAUAUGGUUUAAUUUAUGUCUUUAUCUUGAGCUUGUUUUCUCCUGAUAAUGCAAUUUAUUGGCAGUGCAGGAAAUGAAACUAUUGGCUGUUGACUGUGAUAGGCCAGAGCAUGCCAUGACAUGCUGCCAUUGCCCACGCUAAUGACUUGAAGUGUUACCUAUUUCUGCAGCUGUUUUAACACGCAGUGCUGAAAAUUUCAGGCAGGUUAUCCCUAUUAUCUUUCGGAGUUGCUCGUCAACACAGGCCCCUCCAGAGUUUCCUAAAAAGCAUUUAUAUUAAUUUCCCAGCACCAUAAUAUUAUGUAAUUUUACAGUGCAUUACGGCAUUGCAGAAGCGGAAGAGGGCACAGCGUAACAGUAGCCUUAUAUACACACAGUCAGACUUGUACUGUUUUCCCCUGCUAGCUCCACUGAUCCUGUCUUGCCUCUGUUAAGCCAGCACAGAUAGGGAAUCCCUUCUCUCCACUACACCUCCCUGACAUUCAUAUUGAAGGGGAAAUGUCACCAGAAUGUGAAUAUUGCACCUUUAAAUGAAACUGCACAUUGUAAAGCGCUGUUUUCCCCUGCUGGCUCUGCCAAUCCUGUCUUGUUUCUGUAACAUCUGUUACUACCUCCAAAGCCGGCACAGAAGGGGAUCCAUCCGUCCCCCCUAUUGUGUCUAAGUGACAGUCAUAUGGAAGGCGAAACAUCGCCAGGACAUGAAUAUCGCACCUUGCACUUGCAUUCAUAUUAGACAGUUAAUUUACUCGGAUGUGGCAGGAAAAGUUCCAGGUAAAGUCAGGUUUAAAGCUUUACCUGUUUGCAUUCACACAUGCAGCACAUCCUGAAGAUUUCUGGAAACUUUAGUGAGUUUCCCAGCAUGUGUGAAAUCACUGUAUUAUUGUUUUGUGCUGUUGCAACUCUGGGGAUACGAGAUACGGUUAAGAACUUGAGAGAACAACCAGAAAUUAUCACAGGAAAAUGGAGUAGAUAAAAAAUAUGGAUGCAUGUCCACCAUGGGCUUUUGUAUUUUUUGUAUCUAGUUUGAUACACCUGGUCAUCUUUCUGCAAAGAGUGCGGGAUUAUCUGUUUAUUUUUAAAAACAGGGGGGUAUGUCAACCUCUUUUACACAGUCUAUAUUUAGUGCUCAUUCUGGCCCUCUUGGUUGUUACUUAAAAAUCAUGAAUGAUAAUGAAAACAGUCUAUGUUAGUGAUAACUGUUGCAACACCAGCAAACUCUCCCUGGUCCAUGUGCUUCCUAUCCCUGUCAGCUUAUUUAGCAUUUCAUGAUGUUUUUGCCAUUUUUUCCCAGCAUUAUGUGUAAAUAGAUAAUUAUUUUAACAUACUUUCCCAUGAAACCCUGCAUUACUUUUGCUGUUUUUUAAUUCAUCUUUACAUCCUUGCGUCUCCUCCUCGUUUUCUCUGAAUGUUACCACUUCCGAUUACUAAUACAUGUAAUGUGAUGUUGGGCGCACCAGAGCUGCAUGUGAAAAGAUGUGGUUAGUCUGUGUUGUGUCCUUUGUACUGCUUACAUGAAAUUGAUAGCUUGACAUAUUAAGUAUCCAUCUUUAACCGACCUGAUCAGCAUUAUUAAAAUUUUUACCCACGUUAU